AUUAAAUUGUGUGUUGAGAGACGUGAGCAUGUUGUUGUUUCACAUUACAAAAGAGCCCUUAGUUCCUUAGAGAGCUCAGCUCAUUUUGAUCAUUCCCAAGAAAAUCAAUAUGAAUAUGCAAGCAAACAAGGAAGUAGAACGUAGAAAUGCACAAGGUCAAGGUCAAGUGGAGAAGAGAGUGGAGACAGUAGACUAUCGAUCAUCGGUGGGGCAAGGCCUAGAAAAGAGAAACGUGCAAGUAGUUCAUGUGCCUCAUUCCUCAUCGGAAAACUUCGCCACCAGCGGCGGCGUCCUCGCCGGAGCGGCAGCAGCGGUUGCCAACACCCUCCAAUCUGCCAAGGAAGCCAUCUCUCGCAAAUAAAACCCAUACAUAUCCUUUACAUUUCACAAAAUCCCAUCUUCAAAUUAAAUCAAAUCUAAUCAAUUAAUAGUACAUCACUUUUUUUGCAACUUUCUACUAUGUAAUCAAAUAACAAUUCUACAUAGUUUGUGCCUAUUGCCGACAAUAUAUAUAUAUAUAUAUAUAUCUGCUUAGAAAUGGAAAUUCUUCUUC